AUGGCAGAUAACAGCUUUUCAGAUGGGGCUCCUUCAGAUUCCUCGGAAGCUGCUAAAGAUGCCAGUGCUACAGAGAAGCUCACCGACCAGGUGAUGCAGAACCCUCAGGUGCUGGCAGCCUUGCAGGAGCGGCUCGACAGCGUCUCCCACACUCCUUCCAGCUACAUUGAGACUUUACCUAAAGCCGUGAAAAGAAGAAUCAACGCAUUGAAGCAGCUUCAGGUGAAGUGCGCUCACAUCGAAGCCAAGUUCUACGAGGAGGUCCAUGACCUGGAGAGGAAGUACGCGGCACUCUACCAGCCUCUCUUCGACAAGAGAAGGGAGUUCGUCACUGGUGACGUGGAGCCGACAGAUGCGGAGUCGGAGUGGCACAGCGAGAACGAAGAGGAGGACAAACUGGCUGGAGACAUGAAAAGCAAAGUGGUCAUCGCGGAGAAAGACGCCGAGGCGCCGGAGGAGCCAGCCCCCAAAGGGAUUCCCGAGUUCUGGUUCACCAUCUUCAGAAACGUGGACAUGCUGAGCGAGCUGGUCCAGGAAUACGAUGAGCCAAUCUUGAAACACCUGCAGGAUAUUAAAGUGAAGUUUUCAGACCCCGGACAGCCUAUGUCUUUUGUGCUAGAGUUCCACUUUGAGCCCAACGACUACUUCACCAACUCGGUGCUGACCAAGACAUACAAGAUGAAGUCCGAGCCGGACAAGGCCGACCCCUUCUCCUUCGAAGGCCCGGAGAUAGUCGACUGUGACGGGUGCACCAUUGACUGGAAGAAAGGAAAAAACGUCACUGUCAAAACCAUCAAGAAAAAGCAGAAACACAAGGGUCGAGGCACCGUCAGAACCAUCACCAAGCAAGUCCCCAAUGAUUCCUUUUUCAACUUCUUCAGCCCUCUGAAAGCGUCCGGGGACGGAGAAUCGCUGCUUCCCUCUCAGGAUGAAGAUUCCGAGUUCACGCUAGCCUCUGACUUUGAGAUUGGACACUUCUUCCGUGAGCGGAUAGUGCCGAGGGCCGUGCUGUACUUCACAGGGGAGGCCAUAGAGGAUGACGACAAUUUUGAAGAAGGUGAGGAAGGAGAAGAGGAGGAGCUGGAAGGAGACGAGGAGGCGGAGGAAGAAGACGAUGCUGACGCCAGCCUCAAGAAGGAGCCCAGCCAGCCCUCGGAGUGCAAGCAGCAGUGA